AAUUAAUGACAUUGAUUUCCUGAAGCCCAAGGCCUUAUCUUCAGCCUAUGAACAAUAAAGCAAUAUAAAAAAAACCUGCUCUUCUCACAGGACGAGCCACCAGUCCAGCCUCUCGAGAUGGCCUUUGUCCCUCCACCAGGCUACCAGCCCACCUACAACCCGACUCUGCCCUACAACAAGCCCAUCCCAGGCGGUCUCAGUGUUGGAACAUCCGUUUACAUCCAAGGAGUGGCCAGUGAGCACAUGAACAGGUUCUUUGUGAACUUCACGGUGGGGCAUGACUCAGGGGCAGACGUCGCCUUCCACUUCAAUCCCCGCUUUGAUGGCUGGGACAAGGUGGUCUUCAACUCGAAGCAGGGCGGUAAGUGGGGCAACGAGGAGAGGAAGAGGAGUAUGCCCUUCCGCAAGGGCGCCGCCUUCGAGCUGGUGUUCACGGUCCUGGCUGAGCACUACAAGGUGGUAGUAAAUGGAAAUCCCUUCUAUGAGUUCAGGCACCGGCUCCCUGUAAAGAUGGUCACCCACCUGCAAGUGGAUGGGGAUCUGGAGCUUCAAUCAAUCAACUUCAUUGGAGGCCACCACCCCCCAAACCAGAGAUCCAUGACUAACCCAGCUUACCCUCCGAACCAACUGCCCACCAUGGAAGGACCCCCAACCUUCAACCCGCCUGUGCCAUAUACGGGGAGACUGCAUGGGGGGCUUACAGCCCGAAGAACCAUCAUAGUCAAGGGCUAUAUACCCCCCACGAGCAAGAGCUUUGCUAUCAACUUCAAGGUGGGAUCCUCAGGGGACAUAGCUCUGCACAUUAAUCCCCGCCUGGUCGAGGGAGCCGUGGUUCGGAACAGCCGUUUGAAUGGCUCGUGGGGAGCCGAGGAGAGGACGAUCGCCUACAACCCAUUUGGUCCUGGACGGUACUUUGAUUUGUCCAUUCGCUGUGGCGUGGAUCGCUUCAAGGUUUAUGCCAACGGUCAGCACCUCUUCGACUUUCCCCACCGAUUCUCGGCCUUCCAGAGGGUGGACAUGCUGGAAAUCCAGGGUGACGUCACCUUGUCCUAUGUCCAGAUCUGAUCUGUUGCUGGGGCCAUAACUCUUGGGAAAACAGAAAGAUCCCCUAGGACUCCCUUCUAAGCCCCUAAUAAAGUGUCAGAGGGUGU